UUCAACCUUUUAGGGUCUUUUCUUUUGUUUAGUCUGGCUCGCUGUUGCACUGACAUGGCCUACUGGGACCCUUGAAUAGAACGGAGCCGUUAAUAAUGAUAUGAGUAGCACUUGUGCUUUUCCUGCUAUUAAAAGGAACUCAAGAUGAGAAUCGUGACCGUUCUCGUGUUUGUCCUUCUGCUAAUGCAUCGCAGCGUCUCACUCUCCAGCCCACAGUGUCACAGCUGUGAACAAACAUCCUGUAUAUGCUCCAGACAAAACCUGACGACGGUCCCUGCAGCCCCUCCAAAGCUCAUCACUGAAUUCGAUCUCUCAUUCAACAGACUGCGGGAAAUAACGAGGAAUGACUUUGUUGCAUUUACCGGUUUACGCUCCUUGAUCCUGAAUAACAACAGAAUCCAAAAGAUCCAGGAGCAAGCAUUUGUCCCGCUGACUGAGUUGGAGAAAUUGGACUUGUCCUUAAACAGACUGGUUACGUUGUCAGCUAGAUGGUUUGAAAACCUUCUUUCUCUUCGGCACUUGAAUCUUUUGGGGAACAAAUAUACAAUGUUGGGUGAAGGAAAUCUUUUCCAGUCGCUGAAGAGACUAAAGAUCCUACAUUUUGGAGGACCGUCCCUUCAAUCUGUGAGAAAAAGUGACUUUUCUGGCCUCAGUGGUCUUGAAGAGGUUGUUUUUGAUGGAAUAAAUCUGCAAGUCUACGCGGAAGGAAGUUUAAAACAAAUUGGGCCAAUGAAAUACGUAACACUCGGUCUGAAUGGUACGUUUUGUAGAAAUAAAACUCUAGUAGGAGCCAUACUGUCUGAUGUAGUCCACCCAAACACAACCCUGACUUUCACCCACACAGGGUUCUUCUCAGAGGAUCAAAUGGUCCCAUUUGAAGUGGCUCGCAAUGGUGGAACUACAAGUAUUAUUUUUAAAAACGUUAACAUGACACUUGAAGCUUGUAUGGCAUUUCUGUAUUUGAUGUCAGACUCUAAUUUAACUAUUUUGGUACUUGAAGAUGUUAAAUUCAACUUAAGACAUUUGGGUCAUCGUGGGUAUCCCCCACACAUGGACCGUUUGGAGACUCUUGUCUUAAAAAACCUUGAUGUCCCUCAAUUUUACAGAUUCCCAGUCCUCUUUAUCCUGGCUCCUUUGCUGAACGUGGUGCGACGGGUGUCUGUCCUAAACAGCAAGUUGUUCCUCAUUCCUUGCAAGUCCUCGGCUGAUUUUUCAAAGCUGGAGCAUAUGGACGUCAGUGACAACUUGCUUAGUGAUCUGACCCUUAGUGAAAUGAUGUGCGACGGCAGAGGUGGGCUUUGGAGUCUGCAAACCAUCAACAUCAGCAGGAAUCACCUGCGGUCCAUCAACAGCCAGCUCUUCACCAAACUAAAUAAGCUUAAAAACAUCGACAUGAGUGGAAAUGUGUUUCAUCGUAUGCCUGAGACCUGUGACUGGCCACCAAGUCUCCAAUUCUUAAACCUUUCGUCGACACAUUUGACAAAAGUGAGCACUUGUUUGCCGGUGAGUUUACGCAUCCUCGAUCUAUCAGACAACGCCUUGACCUUCUUCAACGUCGAACUACCUUUUCUCACAGAGUUGCACAUUUCCGGCAACAAGAUCAGCAAUUUCCCAGAUGGAGAUUUAUACCCUCUUCUCGCUUUUCUCUCCAUUCAAAACAACGACUUGCAGACGUUCAGCAGCAACAACUUAAAUGAUUAUAAGAAUCUGAAGAGUCUGGAGGCGGGUGCCAACCCGUAUGUCUGUUCAUGUGACUUUGUAGCGUUCAUGACGAAUUAUCGAGUCACAUUUGGAGAUGAGUUCAAGUCGUACGUCUGUGACUCCCCUGACGCCGUGAGGGGAAAGAGUGCGGCGGAGGCGAGGCUGUCGGUGUUUGAAUGCCACACAGCUUUGGCCUUUUCUUUACUCUGCUCAGGCAUCCUGGUGGUGUUUCUGCUCGUCGUAGGUUUGUGUCACAAAUUCAGCGUUGUGUGGUAUGUGAAGAUGACCUGGGCCUGGCUGAGAGCCAAGAGGAAGCCAAAGUUAAAAAAGGGAGAUCUUGAGUAUGACGCCUUUGUGUCCUACAGUGAGUCGGACUCUGGCUGGGUGGAAGCGCAUCUGGUGCCGCAGCUGGAGCAGACAGAGCCUCCACUCCGGCUCUGCCUCCACAAGAGAGACUUUGUUCCUGGAGGCUGGAUCUUGGACAACAUCAUGGACGCCAUAGAGAAGAGUCACAGAACUCUGUUUGUGCUUUCUCAGAAUUUCGUCAGGAGCGAAUGGUGCAAGUACGAGCUGGAUUACACCCAUUUCAGAUUGUUUGACCACAACGAAGACACAGUUGUGCUGAUUCUCUUGGAGCCCAUUGACAAAGAGACCAUCCCCCAAAAGUUCUGCAAGCUACGUAGAGUCAUGAACUCCAGGACGUACCUGGAGUGGCCUGAUAUUGACGACCAGAUCCCCAGGUUCUGGCGCAGCUUGAGAACAGCUAUUAAAAGACCAAACACUGAUAAUGGAAACUGUUUACAGUUUGACAAUGUGGACUUUUAAUUAUGCUUUUGGAUUUGGUGUUUUUCUUCUGUGCUUUUUUUAAUCUGUAACUUUCUGUGUCACUUUCAGUUGGAUAAACAGUUGACAAAAGCAUGAAUGGAUUGUCUCAA